ACGUGACCGUCCUUGCCCAAUGGCGCGGGCGGAGACAGUUCCAGGCCAAGAUGGCGGUGACGCGGUACCGGCGCUUCCUGAAGCUCUGCGAGGAGUGGCCCGUGGAGGAGAGCAAGCGCGGGCGGGACCUGGGCACCUUCUUGCGGCAGCGGGUGGCGCAGGCCUUCCGCGAGGGAGAGAACACCCAGAUUCCUGAUCCAGUGACUUGUGAUGAAAUGUUUGAGAGCUUAGCCAGAAUCCACACCAAUCAUUAUAAAACCAAGUACCCGCGUUUGAAAGAUACAAGCUUCACUGGAGUGACAGUGGAAGAAUGCAAGAUGGUUCUGGCAACAGACAGCUUGAAGCAACUGGAAGAAGCGAAGAAAGGAAAAUGGACAAAGUUACGGGAAAAAUUCUCUGCCAAAUCUCCUGAAGAAGAUUCCAAAUGAUAUUAUCCUGCUACUCAGUAUUCUUGAAAUACUCUAUUUUGCCAGGAUGGAUAAGCUUUCUUGAAACAGGAUUUUAAUUACCUUACAUAUGUUGGUGUCAAAACAUCAAGAUAUUUAAAUCCAAAGAUCCAGUCAAUUUUGAUCUCAUCUUUGAAUUACUAUCAUGGACACGGCUUAAAGGCUUGGCGGAUUAAAGACUUAUUCUUCAAUGGGAUAAGCCAAGCCCAUUUUAUUACAUGUGUUUAUGCAGGGUACUAAGAUAAUGUUCAAUAUAUUUGCAGUAGAUGGUGUCACGGUUGCCAUUCUAUGAUUGUUUACAUUUUUGUUUGUGGAAAAACUAUUGUCCAACAUUAUCCUGCAGCUGAUGUGCUGGACCAUAAGGGGAGUUGUAUUUCAUAACUUUCUAGAAUUCAAAGAUAUUUCCAAAUAUAUAUAUAUGUUACACUAUA